AUGCAAGACCCUACAAUGCCGAAACCAGAUGUUUCUCACGAUGAAGCCGCAGUUCGGCCGGACAAGCUUACCGAUACCAGUGGUAUACCGCGUGUCCCAUUGACCGAGGAGGAUAGCAAGAGGAUUUGUCGUAAGACUGAUCGGACUAUCCUUGUUGUUCUGGCUUGGGUGUACUUUUUGCAGAUCCUCGACAAGACUGUCCUUGGAUACGGUGCAACCUUCGGUUUACAGGCGGACACAGGCCUCACGGGAAACCAAUACUCGCUUGUUGGAUCCAUCGGUCCCAUUGCACAAUUAGCCUGGCAACCUUUCUCCUCUUAUCUCAUUGUUAAGGUUCCCCAUAAGAUUUUGAUGCCAUUGCUUUGUCUAGGGUGGGGGCUAGCGCAGACAUGCAUGGCUGCAUGCCACAAUUUUAGCUCUUUGAUGGCGGCUCGCUUCUUUCUCGGUCUUUUUGAGGCGGGUUGCCUGCCGCUUUUUGGUGUUAUCACCAGUCAGUGGUAUCGACGAGCAGAGCAACCAAUUCGGAUCGCCGCCUGGUACAGUACCAACGGUCUAGCAACUAUCGUUGCUGCUGCGCUAUCAUACGGACUGGCCAAAAUUGAGUCUGACGUGUUGAAAUCGUGGCAGAUCAUUUUUCUGGUUGUUGGCUUAAUCACCGUGGUUUCUUCUCCCAUCGUCUAUUGGCGCUUAGACAACGACAUCUCUACUGCUCGGUUCCUCAGCGAGAAUGAGAGGUCUCAAGGAGUAGAGCGCCUCAGAGCCAACCAGACUGGAACCGGAAACACUGAAUUCAAGUUUAGUCAUGUUCUGGAAGCCAGUUUAGAGCCAAAGACCUAUCUGUGGAUUGGAAUGGCAAUGCUCCUCAAUAUUGGUGCAAGCGUGACUAAUAUUUUCGGUCCAUUGAUUUUGAGUGGACUUGGCUAUGACAAGUACAGAACUACUUUGUUGACCAUGCCAUUUGGUGCCUUGCAAUUCAUCAUAAUCAUCCUGGCCAGCUAUCUGGCCCAAACCGCGCGAGUGAAGAGUGCCAUUAUCGCAGCUUUCAUGCUCCCAGUCAUUGGUGGCCUAGCCAUUUUAUACGCCGUGGCUCGGACCAAAUCCGUUCAGAGUGAAUUGCUCGCUGGCUACUAUUUACUCGCAUUUUUGUUUGGCGGCAAUCCGUUGAUUGUGACAUGGAUAAUCGGCAACACAGCAGGAACCACCAAGAAAUCAGUAAUCAUGAGCCUCUACAACGCGGCAAGCUCAGCAGGAAACAUCAUCGGCCCGUUGCUUUUCAAUGAGAAGGACAAGCCAUCCUACCACCCAGGCUUACGCGCGUGCCUCGGCAUUUUCAGCACCUUGGCUGCAGUGGUGCUAAUUCAAUGGGUCAAUCUCUGGUUUCUCAACAAACAACAAGCUCAUCGGCGUGUUCGCAACGGCAAGAGAGCCGAAAUUGUGGACCACUCAAUGCAAACCCAUUAUCACGAAAUGCAGGAGGAUAACCUAGAGGAUGCUGGACCCGACACCCUGCAGGUGGGAGAAAACGCCUUCCAGGAUCUGACUGAUCGUGAGAAUGAUGAAUUUGUAUACAUUUAUUAG